UUCCAUUCCAAUCUUUCAUUAAAACCCAAUUUUUCGCGUCUGAAUUCAUUAGUACUGAUUCACUGUAAUGGAUCCACCGCCACCACCUGCCGCCACUGCAACUACGGCUGCGGCGACCGCCGCUGCUAACUUUGCAGCGACCGCCAUUCAGCACAACUAUCAGGAUUCCAUAGAAUCCUCACCCCGUUCCAACAACGCCGACUCUUGGGACGACCCUCUCCCGCCAGUGCCAGGCGCCAAACUUCGCCUUAUGUGCAGCUAUGGCGGCCACAUUAUCCCUCGUCCUCAUGAUAAGUCACUCUGCUACGUCGGGGGUGAUACACGUAUUGUCGUCGUCGACCGCCAUUCCUCUCUUUCCGACCUCUGCAUGCGCCUCUCACGAACACUCCUUAAUGGCCGCCCAUUCACCCUCAAGUACCAGCUUCCUCACGAAGAUCUCGAUUCCUUAAUUUCCAUAGCGACGGAUGAAGAUCUCGAGAACAUGAUUGAGGAAUACGACCGAAUCACCAUGGCUUCGCCGUUGAAACCUCUGCGAAUCCGUCUGUUUAUCUUCUUCACGAAGCCUGAAACUGUGGCUUCUAUGGGUUCGUUGCUCGACGAUGCCAAACACGAGACGUGGUUCGUCGAUGCACUAAAUAGUUCGGCCGGGAUGAUUCCGAGAGGGCUUUCCGAUUCGGCUACUAUGGAGUGUAUGGUGAAUCUCGACGCGGUUCGUGGGAGUGAUUCGUGUAAUGAUUUGGAAAAUCAAGGUCAUGAUUCUCUAGGGCAUAUUGACAAACAGGUCGAGAAGAAUAGUAAUUCGGCACACGAUGUGCAAUCGAUUCCUGAUUCUCCCGCGGUGGAAAAUGAUUCUUCGUUUGGUUCGUCUUCAUCGGUGCCGUCGAUGUCCAACUUGCCGCCGAUACGUGUGCGUGUGGAGGAGGCGGAGGUCAGAGUUCAAGAUCCCAAGGUGGGAUUAGAAGAGCAAUUUGGGCAGAUGCAUUUUGGUGUACCUCCAAUUCCUACUGCGUUGGCUGCUGCCGCAGCUGUUUCAUUGGCUGCUGUUUCUAAUCACGAAAAUGCCAAUCGGGUCUUUAACGACGACGAGAGAGCGGAGCAGGGAGGUCCGGUGGCGUUCCGGAAGCCUCCAUUGCCAUUGCAAACCUUGCAAAACAGGACUGUUGUUAGUCCUGCUGUUAGCGGUGGUUUUAGUCUACCGUCGCCGGAUUCUGUUGCCAGCGACAGUAGCAUAACAUCGGCAAAUUCUCAGUCCAAACCCAUGUAUUUCCAAGACCAAAUUGUAAGAGACAGCUCAGUCCCAGCCAUUCCGAUCGCAGAAAGCGAUGGUUUCAUGACAAGUCAACAAGUACAAAUUCAACAGCUCCAUGACCCUGCCUAUGUAUUAACCUCACAAUUAGAUCAGAAGCAGCCACAACAACCACAACAAUUCGUCCACAGCACCACCCAUUACAUCCAUCACCAAUACCCUACAGCCGCGGGGCAUGUCCCCGUUCCAUCGUAUUAUCAUCCUGUUUACACGCAAACACCAUCUCAACAGCAACUCCAUCAUCCUAUUGAUCAGCAAUAUCCAGUCUAUUUAAUGCCCAUUACGCAAAAUCAACCAACCUACAAUAUGCCUGUUCAAUCUAGUCCUGCUGAGACUCCAAUGGCUGCACCCAACCGGCAAGCAUCAGCUAGUCCUACCAUUGUCGCUUCUCCAGUUGCUUACAAUGAUAGUAAUAAUCAACAGCCCUUCUAUCCUCAGAAGACAGUUCCAGCAGCUAUGCCAGAAAUGGCUGCAAGCAUGUAUAGGACUGCAGUAACCACGACUCCUCCUUUAUUACAGGUUUCUCACAAUCAGUUCCAGCAACCAUACAUGGGUCUUUCCCAAAUGAACUAUCCACCUCAGUCUAUAGCCAUUGCUCCCGCACCCUCCGGCGCUGCUAAUUAUGGUUUUGACUACACUAACGCUCCAGCGCAGAAUAUCCCGGCUACCCCAAUGUCUUCUCAGUACCAAACUAUGACUCAUGCAGCCGCGGCAGCAGCUCUAUCAGAUGCGUCUAGACAGCUUCCUUCAGAUGGCUCACAGCAGCAGCAGACCAGGAACUCGUAGGUAGUACACGCUAAACAGGUAAGACAAGAAAAUAUGUGCCUUUUCCCCCUUCCCCAAAUCAUUGUUAAGCUAAAACUUAUUAGUUUUCAUGCAUUCGAUAGAAUAUGAAUAAUCCAUGUAACUGUAUUCUCAUUGCUGUA